AUGGUCGCCUACCUUCUGGCGCAAAAUCCUGAAGUCCAGAAACGCCUCUACACCGAAGUAGUGACGAUGAUUGAGAAACUUGCAGAACAACAAGAAACGGAAAUAGAAACUAAAAACAUUUUCACCUUUUUCAGCUACGACGCCGUGAAUUUAAAGUUUCCACUGUUGAAUGCAGUCAUCGCAGAAACGCAGCGACUCUAUCCACCGGCGAUCUUCAUUGAACGGACCGCCUCGGCAGAUGUGCAGCUGACCACCAAUGAGGGAACAGUAUUAGAACUUAAGGCUGGCGAGGUGGUCCACAUUCCCGUCUGGUCGCUGCAUCGAGACCCGGCGUACUGGGGAAAAGAUGCAGGGGAGUUUAAACCGGAACGCUUUUUAGAGAAUUCAUCAGCAGCGCUGAAAAACGCUGCCUACCUGCCUUUUGGUGCCGGGUCGCGCAUGUGCAUCGCCCAGCGAAUGGCCACUGUUGAGCUGCGCCUGGCACUGCUGCACCUUGUUCGCCAUUUUCGCUUUGAAGUGUGCCCGGAAAAGACAGAACGGGAGGUGACCUUUGUCAAUCAGUUUGACAUCAACUCACCCAAAGCGGUACAUUUGCGCAUUGUGAAACGGCGAUGCGAAAAUUGA